ACAAAUUAAAAUAAGAACCAACAUUUAAGAUUAAGGCUAACAAGUACUGGGCGGACAAGGGUACCAUCAGAGAAGUAUAAAACGAAGAAUUCAACCACGAAGAAACCAGUUGACUUUGACAGAUCGACCGAAUCACAAUCACCAUGAAAUUCUUGGUUGCUCUCUCUUGCGUUUUGGCCGUGGCAUGCGCCAAACCCGACUAUGCCUUCACCAACUAUGCCCACCCCUUGGCCUACUCCACCUUCGCUGGCGCCCCCAUCGCCCAUCACGCCGUAGCCGCCGCCCCCAUCGCCCACCACGCCGUAGUUGCCGCCCCCAUCGCCCACACCGUCGCUGCCCCCGUCGUCGAGAAGACCCAAUACCACUCCCAAGACGCCCUCGGCCAAGCCUCCUACGGCCAUUCUGAACCCCUCCAAGCCCACCACGCCGUCCAAGACGCCGCCGGAAACAAAGCCGGCUCUUACAGCUACGUCGCCCCCGACGGCCAAGUCAUCUCCGCCAACUACGUCGCUGACGCUUUGGGGUACCGUGUCGCCUCCAACGCCCUCCCCGUCGGACCCGCCGUCCCCGCUGAAACCCCCGAAGUCGUAGCCGCCAGAGUGGCUCACUUCAACCACCACGCUCUUGUCAGAUCCCGUGCCCGCAGAGACGUCGUCGCCGCCUACCACACCCCCUACGUACACAGCGCCUACUACGCCGCCCCCGUGUACCACCACGCCGCCGCCGUCGUACCACACGCCGUCUCCUACCAUCAUGUCUUCUAAGCGCGAAGAGAGGUUUGACUGGCGAAAAGCGGAUUUUUCCACGGUCGAGGAUAGUUCCACAUUUUCAACAGUCGAAAUGACCAACAAUAGUCAACUUUAACUCUGAGAGUUAACACUGUACCAAUAUUUGUACUUUUAGGGCAAUAAACGCAACAACAAA